AUGGCGUCCGGCUACGAUCGAGCGCUCUCCGUCUUCUCCCCCGAUGGCCACGUCUUCCAAGUCGAAUACGCCCUCGAAGCCGUCAAGCGCGGCACAUGCGCCGUGGCCGUCAAAGGCACCGCCAAAGAUGAUCAAGUCGUCGUGCUGGGUUGUGAGAAGCGCUCCGCCCUGAAGCUCCAAGACACACGCAUCACGCCCUCCAAGAUCUCCAUGGUCGACACCCACGUCUGUCUCGCAUUCGCCGGUCUCAACGCAGAUGCCCGCAUUCUCGUCGACAAAGCACGCCUGGAAGCGCAAUCACAUCGUCUGACUGUGGAGGAUCCCGUGAGCGUGGAAUACAUCACCAAGUUUGUUGCGGGAGUCCAGCAGCGAUACACCCAAUCCGGAGGUGUGCGGCCGUUUGGUAUUAGCACGUUGAUUGUGGGCUUCGAUCCGGGUAGCAAGGAGGCGCGAUUGUACCAGACCGAGCCAUCGGGUAUCUACAGCGCAUGGUAAGUUCACCCUCAAGAACUCUUGCCAUUCCCAUCUACACUCUCCCCCUAACAUAUUUGUGUCCAUAGGAAAGCGAACGCAAUCGGUCGCUCUUCCAAGACCGUCCGCGAAUUCCUCGAACGCAACCACAAAGACGGCAUGACCCGCUCGGAAACAAUCGAGCUCACCAUUAAAUCUCUCCUCGAAGUCGUCCAGACCGGCGCAAAGAAUAUUGAAAUCGCAAUCAUGGCUCCCGGAAAGACCGUAGAGAUGCUGCCGUCAGACGACAUUGAGAAGAUUGUGGAGAAGAUCAACACGGAGAAAGACGCUGCUGCGGAGGCGAAUGCGAGCAGGCGCGGUGGCGCGAGACAGGGUGGUACGGCACCGGGAGAUGCGGCCGCGAGUGCACAGGGCCCGGAGCAAGUGCUUGCCACGAGACCUGCGGGUGAAGGCAGUGGUGCACCUCCAGAGUGA